AUGGGGUUCUCAGUAAGACAAUUCUUAAUCUACAAUUUGAAUAUGAACCCAUGGCCUGUUCUAUUUGGGAUUGUGGUUUUCUCAUGCUUUUGGUUGCCAGUUUCAAGUCUCGGUUCCAUGUCUUCCAUUGCCAUCUCUUAUGGCGAUAAAGGUGCUGUUUUUUGUGGUUUGAAAUCUGAUGGAUCGCAUACAGUGACCUGUUAUGGAUUGAACUCAGCCAUAAUUUAUGGAACACCUUCCCAUUUCACAUUCCUUGGUCUAACCGCUGGUGAUGGCUUUGUCUGUGGGCUUUUAAUGAGUUCUAGUCAACCAUAUUGCUGGGGUAGCAGUAACCAUAUAGAAAUGGGUGUGCCUCAACCUAUGGUUAAGGAUGCUCAGUACCUAGAAAUUAGUGCUGGGGAUUAUCAUGUUUGUGGAUUGAGGAAACCCUUGACGGGAAGACACAGGAACACUUCUUUUGUUGAUUGUUGGGGCUACAACAUGACCAAGAACUAUGUGUUUGAUGGGCAGAUUCAAUCAAUCUCAGCAGGUUCUGAAUUCAAUUGUGGCUUAUUUUCCCAGAAUAGGACUGUGUUCUGCUGGGGAGAUGAGACUAGUAGCCAGGUUAUUAAUUUGAUUCCUCAAGGCAUGAGAUUCCAGAAGGUCUCUGCUGGUGGGUAUCAUGUGUGUGGAAUCUUAGAAGGGGUGAAUUCUAGAGCUGUUUGUUGGGGAAGGAGCUUGGAUAUGGAGGAGGAAAUUUCAUUGAUACAUUCAGGACAAGCACAAGGUAAAGUUGAUUUGGCUCCAAAUGAUCCAAUGCUUUCUGUAGUGGGAGGAAGGUUCCAUGCUUGUGGCAUUAAGAGCUAUGAUCGUGGUGUGAUUUGCUGGGGCUAUAGUUUAAAAGCAAGCACACCAGUUCCUAGUGAGAUUAAGGCAUUUGAGAUUGCUGCUGGUAAUUAUUUUACCUGUGGAAUACUUGCUGAGAAAUCUCUUCUUCCUGUUUGUUGGGGUGUUGGCUUCCCUACCUCUCUACCAGUGGCUGUGUCACCAAGAAUGUGCAGGUUUACUCCAUGUCCUCCUGGUUACUAUGAAAUUGACCAGGAUCAGCAGAAGAGUCUUUGCAAGUCCCCAGAUUCUCACAUUUGCAUUCCCUGCAGUGGUGUUUGUCCUGAUGAAAUGUAUCAGAAAAGUGGAUGCAAUUUGAAAUCUGACAGAGUAUGUGAAUAUAAUUGUUCUAUUUGUUCCUCAUCGGUAUGCUUCUCCAACUGCUCCUCUUCUUAUUCCAAUGCUGCCACUGGGAAGAAAAAUGAAAGAUUUUGGUCUCUGCAGUUGCCAGUUGUUAUUGUUGAGAUAGCUUUUGCAGUUUUGAUAGUUAUUAUUGUAUGUAUAACCGCAGUUUUGUAUGUUCGCUACAAGCUAAGAGAUUGUGAAUGUUCAGUGAGAGGGUCAAAGGUGAAGAAACUUAACGGGAGUUCUUCACUCCAAAAGGAAAACAGCAAGAUCCGCCCGGACUUGGAGGAGUUCAAGUUUAGGAGGGCACAGAUGUUCACCUAUGAGGAGCUUGAAAGAGCAACUGGUGGAUUCAAUGAAGAAUCCAUAGUGGGAAAGGGAAGUUUUUCGUGUGUGUUCAAAGGGGUUCUCAGAGAUGGGACUGUUGUUGCUGUUAAAAGGGCCAUAAUGUCUCCCAACAUGCAGAAGAAUUCCAAAGAGUUUCACACAGAGCUUGACUUGCUCUCUAGGUUGAACCAUGCCCAUUUGCUCAAUCUUUUAGGCUAUUGUGAAGAAGGUGGAGAAAGACUUCUUGUUUAUGAGUACAUGGCUCAUGGUUCUUUGCAUCAACAUCUCCAUGUUAAAAACAAAGAGUUGAAAGAGCAAUUGGAUUGGGUUAGAAGGGUAACAAUUGCAGUCCAAGCAGCUCGUGGAAUUGAAUAUUUGCAUGGCUAUGCUUGCCCACCUGUGAUUCAUCGAGACAUCAAGUCUUCAAACAUCCUCAUUGAUGAAGAACACAAUGCCAGAGUGGCUGAUUUUGGUUUGUCAUUGCUUGGUCCUGCAGAUAGUAGCUCCCCACUAGCUGAGUUACCAGCUGGUACUCUUGGUUAUCUUGAUCCUGAAUACUACAGGCUUCAUUAUCUCACCACAAAAUCUGAUGUCUACAGCUUUGGUGUUCUACUUUUGGAAAUCUUAAGUGGUAGAAAAGCCAUUGACAUGCAAUAUGAAGAAGGGAACAUAGUUCAAUGGGCAGUGCCUCUUAUUAAGUCAGGAGAUAUAGCUGCAAUUCUGGACCCAGUUUUGAAACCUCCUCCUGAUCUUGAAGCCUUGAAAAGGAUUGCUAUUGUGGCUUGUAAAAGUGUGAGAAUGAGAGGGAAGGAUAGGCCUUCAAUGGACAAAGUGACAACAGCUUUGGAGAGAGCUCUUGCACAGUUAAUGGGUAGUCCUUGCAUUGAGCAGCCAAUUUUGCCAACUGAGGUGGUUUUGGGAAGUAACAGAUUGCACAAGAAAUCAUCUCAAAGAUCUUCAAACAGGUCAGCUUCAGAAAAUGAUGUGGCAGAAACUGAGGAUCAGAGGUUUGAGUUUAGAGCACCCUCAUGGAUAACUUUCCCAAGUGUUACUUCUUCUCAAAGGAGAAAGUCAUCAGGCUCAGAGGCUGAUGUUGAUGGGAAAAAUGCAGAAGGUAAGAACUUGAGCAACAAUGUUGGAGGUGGUGGUGGUGGUGGUGAUGUUUUGAGAAGUCUUGAGGAAGAGAUUGGUCCUGCAUCUCCUCAAGAGAGGCUCUUCUUGCAACACAACUUCUAACCUAUGAAGCUAAUCUUUGAGGAAAAUAAGGUUUAUAUAUAUUAUUGGGAUAGAAUGCUGCUGCUACUGCCAAUGUUAUUACAGUUUACA